CUUCAGUUACUUACCGUUCGUCAGUCGCAGCAGUUGCACUUUUACAAACAGUUCCUCUACGUUGCUCGCGUGCGGUCGUUCAUUGACCACGUCGCCGUUUUCGUCGUCGCCACCAUAAUACAACAUAUUGUCGACACGUCUGCGCACUUUUCCAUUUUGCGUCGCCCUUUUUCCAGGCAAAAUAUCGAAACAUUCCAAGUUCAACAUUCGAUUCCAUUGUAAAGAGAUUGUACUCGUGGAAUAAAAGGAAACCUCACCAUAAUCAAAGCAAGCGACGUUGCUGUAGACAAAUUCAGCAUCCCAGUUGGCCCUGUUGGAGUGCCCCUGUUUUCGUGGAAGAAAAGUGAAAAGUGCUUCUUAUUUUUUCGAUCAUCAUCAUAUCUUCUUCAUCAUCAUGGCUUGCUGUUGUGGUGGUUGUUUCUAAGCCAGGAGGGCGCAGUGCAGAAUAGAUAUUUGGCAGGCACCAGACAGCGAAUUGAACAAUAUGAGGCCAGCAGCAGCCAGUAGUCGACGAGAACGACGACAGCGAGCAGCAGUAGCACCAGCAACGAUCACCGCUCAGCGAGGAGCGACAUCAUCGACCGCACUUCCGGAGCAAAGAUUCCUAGCCAACAAUCUGGUUCCGCCGUCUUCGAUUGUCGCUGCCGUCACCAAGAAGAGCCACUUCAACCAUCAGCGAAUGCAUUUCCCGUUCCGCUUAGCCGCAGCAGUGCGCAUUAAAUCGUGAUUAGUGAAUCCGAUUCUUCCAAUCGCAGCAACCUGUCUCUGCCUCAACCGGAAAAUUCUAGCUCAAAGCAGGGAAGGAGCAGAGGUUGCUUGGAUGAGUGGGUGCGCGUGAAUGCAAUUCUUUGCUGAUACACUCAGAAGUGCGCAUCUCGGUGCAUCAGACACAAAGGACCUUAGAUCAUUCUCCGUUUCUAGUGAGUGAUCGUCAUCGAACCAAGCGCGUGACCGUUAAGUAAUUCAAAAUAGCGAAAAAAAAAAGUGAGUGACUUUGUUGUGAUUUUCCGUUGUGCGCUCGCUUGAACCAAAACAAAACAUAUUUACGUCGUCCGUCGAGUGAAUUUCGCCCGCGGCGAUUCUUUGGUUGAAUGUGCCAAUUUCGCCGACCUUCGUAGUGACUGUGACUAUCGCGCAAGUAUUUUUGAAACUCUCGCCAACGCGACCGUGUGAGACGAGAAGAGGAAGAGCCCUGUGAGCUCAGCUGGUAGAUCUUUUCCUGUACUGAUAUCCAUAGAAACCGAGAAGAAGCAAUGGCUGCUGUGCAAGUUGACAUCAACAAUAACAACAACAGCCAUAGUGAAACGGCCGAAGCGUCGGUGUGGAUCUUCGGGUACGGCAGUCUUUGCUGGUAUCCGGGGUUCGAGUACGAGAAGUGUAUCACUGGCUACAUCCGGGGAUACGUGAGACGCUUCUGGCAGGGUAAUACGACCCAUCGAGGAACGCUGGAUAAGCCCGGUCGUGUUGCCACUCUGAUUGAAGACAAAGAAGGCAUCACGUGGGGCUGCGCGUUCAAGGUGACCGGCCAACUGGCCCUGGACUACCUCAAGCAACGGGAGUGCACCCUCGGCGGAUACCAAACCGACUACAUCCGCUUCUACCCGCGCAAGGCCAGCGAAUGGUCCGGCAUCAGUGGGCAGGCCUUCCCGGCCCUCGUUUACAUUGCCACCCCGAAGAACGACCUCUGGAUCGGGGAGGAACCACUGGUCGAAACGGCACGCCAAAUUGCCGAAUGCCAGGGCCCGAGCGGACACAACGUGGAGUACCUCAUCCGGUUGGCGAUCUUCAUGCGCGAGGAGCUUCCCGGUGCCUGCGAUGAGCACCUCUUCGAACUGGAAGGCCUCGUGAGGCGAUUCGUGGCCGAAGCGAACGUUGCGAUCACCAGCCUACUGGGAAGUGCCCCGCGUCGUAUCCGGCGGGAUUCCCACGAGGAAGUCCGGCGGCACGUUUCGUUCGAGUUCACCGCGAGGGUGCCGGAGAAGAAGCUCAGAUGUUUGCACAUUUAAAGCGGAAGCAUUCCGUGUCUGCUGACGACGCCCUAAUCGGGGGCUAGGUAUUUAUUUAACAACGUGACAGCUUUUUGUUUUGUUACUUUAGUUUAAGCUAGCUUUAGUUCGGUUUUAGGCUUAAGUUCGAUCGUGAAACUCUCAUUUUUUGACAUUAUGCAUUAGUUCGGCGCCGAGGUAGGCCCUCUCGUUUUAGUUUGAUAAGCAAGCGAUAUAGACUACAGGAAUAUACCAAAUAAACCAACAAACGAUGUAUUAAA